UGCUUGGGGCGGCGACCAUGGCGGCCGCCAUGGCAGCGGCGGCGGCCGCUGGUCUGGGUGGGGGUGCAAGCCCGGGGCCCGAGGCUGGGGACUUCUUGGCCCGGUACCGGCUGGUGUCCAACAAGCUGAAGAAGCGUUUUCUGCGGAAGCCGAACGUGGCGGAAGCCGGCGAGCAGUUCGGCCAGCUGGGCCGCGAGCUGCGCGCCCAGGAGUGCCUGCCAUACGCGGCCUGGUGCCAGCUGGCCGUGGCGCGCUGCCAGCAGGCGCUUUUCCACGGGCCCGGCGAGGCGCUGGCCCUCACCGAGGCCGCGCGCCUCUUUCUGCAGCAGGAACGCGACGCGCGCCAGCGCCUGGUCUGCCCCGCCGCCUACGGGGAGCCGCUGCAAGCCGCCGCCAGUGCCCUGGGCGCCGCUGUCCGUCUGCACCUGGAGCUCGGCCAGCCGGCCGCCGCUGCCGCCCUGUGCCUGGAGCUGGCCACGGCCCUGCGCGACCUGGGCCAGCCGGCCGCCGCCGCCGGCCACUUCCAGCGCGCCUCCCAGCUCCAGCUGCCCCAGCUGCCCCUGGCUGCGCUGCAGGCGCUCGGCGAGGCCGCCUCCUGCCAGCUGCUGGCGCGCGACUACAACGGCGCCUUGGCGGUCUUCACACACAUGCAGCGCCUGGCGCGGGAGCACGGCAGCCACCCCGUGCAGCUGCCGCCGCCUCCCUCGCCGCCACGAGGGCCUCAGCCUGCGCUCUGCGCUACACAAACGGUGCCCGCUGUGCAGCUCCCUCCGAACGCCGGUUCUGCGGCGCCUUCGCCCGCUGCCCUGGGCGCCUUCUCGGACUUGGUGGUCCGCUGCGAGGUGUCUCGCGUGCUGCUGCUGCUGUUACUGCAGCCGCCGCCUGCCAAGUUGUUGCCAGAGCACGCCCAGACCCUGGAGAAGUACUCCUGGGAGGCUUUUGACAGCCACGGGCAGGAAAGCGGAGGCCAGCUGCCCGAGGAGCUCUUUCUGCUCCUCCAGUCCCUGGUCAUGGCUACCCAGGAGAAAGACACAGAAGCCAUCAAGGCGCUGCAGGUGGACAUGUGGCCACUGUUGACUCCAGAGCAGAACCACCUCCUUCACCUCGUUCUGCAAGAAACCAUCUCCCCCUCAGGACAGGGGAUCUGAUGGUGAAUCACAUUAACCAAGUGACUUUUUGCCGGCUGUCGAACUUCACGGAUCCACCUUUGGAUUGGGGAGAAAUAAAAGACAUUGUUCCCGGUUCUGUGUUGUAUGUUACCUUGUUGCCACCGUAGAAAUGUAGUGACUGAAAGUUAACUGUAUUCCAAAUGCUUAUUUCCAAGUACACUUUCAUAGAAUCAGAAUA